AUGGUGGCAGAGCCGGGUGCUGGCCUGGGCUAUGGGAGUGUCAGCCCCGGGCCCGCACCUGUGUCCUUGCCGUUGCCCCUCUGGGCUGGCCAUGAAGUGACCUGCACCCAUAGGGGUUGCUGUGGCAACCACGACGCCCGCCAUGCAGGGUUUCCCUGGAAAUGGGAGCGGGGGUUGCCCCGGGGACGAGGGACGCUGCUGUGCUGGAAGCCGUGUCCAGGGAGGCUGGGCAGGCUGGCCGGUCAGACCAGGCACAGCUACUUAAGGCGCCGUUGCCACCCUGCCGCAGCCAUGGCCCUGCAGGUGCCCUUGUGGCACCACUACCUGAAGGCCAUCCGCUCCCGGGGUGGCUCACGAGCCCGGGACUUCCAGGGCGCCGAGAACACGCUGCUGACUGUGUUAGAGCAGGUGCAGGCCCGAGACUCCCGCUUCCUAGUGGACUACGGGGACUCCCAGGCUGAGCAGUUUGUACUGCGCUCCUCCGAAGACCCCGUGCGCCUGGAGGUGCCCCUGUGCCUGGAUGUGGAUGCCUUGCAUCUGCAGGAGGAGCCCAUGGCCCCAGGCGAGGGCCCUCCCCUCUGCCGCCUGGGUGUCCCCCGGGACGUGGCCAGCCUGGAGCCCUGGACCUCAGACGAUGUCUUCAGCGCCUUGGAGGAUGAGGCCAAUGGCUCCUGCAGCGGUCACAUUGUGCCCGGAAAGGUGCUCAGCGUCCUGCGGGAACGGCUGGUGGCCGCCAUCGUCCACUGCAGGCACCAUAAUCUCAUCCUGCCAGGGUCCCUGCGUGUGUCCGGCCUGCAGGAGGAGGGCCCGUGGCUGACCGUGCAUGUGUCCAGCGGCUGGAGGACCAUCUGCUUCCAUGUGGUGCCCACAGUCCGACGGAGACCUCGGGGCUGUGCUCUGGCUGGGGGCCGACUGAUGCCUGGCUUCCCCGAGGGCAUCGUACGAAGGAUCAGUGCCCAGGAGGAGUCCCUCUUGCCCACCAGCGCCGAGCACUGGAGGCCUUGCCCUGAUCGCCUCCUGAGCUCACUGCUCCGUGCACUGGGCUCACUGCAAGGCCACCGGCUGGACAGUCUCUCCAUCCUUGACCGCAUCAACCACGAGCACUGGCGGGAUGGUGGCCGGAGCCCGGGCCUGACCUUCGCACACCUGAAGCUGGUGCUGCUGUGGGCGGCCGCGCUCUUCCCGGCACCCGAGGAUUGGGCUGAGCUGCAGGGCGCCGUGUACCGGCUGCUCGUGGUGCUCCUGUGCUGCCUGGCCACGCGCACACUGCCCGGCUUCCUGCGGCCCGAGACCAACGCGCUGCGGGACGCAGGCCUGGACCUACACGCCCUCUACCUGCAAGCUGAGCGCUUUGCCAGCCAGCCCGAGGCCGCGCUGCGCAUCCACGUCACGCACCUGGGCUGCAGCCGCCCGCCGCGCCUGGACUCGGGGGUCAAGGCCCUGCUGCAGCUCCCGGCCAGCGACCCCGCGUACUGGGCCACGGCCUACUUCGACCUGCUGCUGGACAAGUUCCAGGUCUUCAGCAUCCAGGCCCGGCUUGCCGCCAUGAAGAGUAUCUUCUGCAAGACCAAGACCCUGCGAGGAGGCAGCUGUGAGGAGAGCUGAGGGUGGCUGCUGCAGGAUAGCUGUGGACACCACCAGGGAU